AUGAUGUCCAUUCGGCAAAGAAAAGGAAUAAAGGCCACAGACGUUUGUGAGGAUCAUCCAGCACAAGAAGAAAAUGGGAAGUUGGAAAACAAAUUGCCAUCUGGUGGUACCAGCAAAAGAUUAUGGAAGAUUCUGUCAUUUGCAAUUGGCGGAACUAUUGCCCUUUGUAUUGGACUGCUCACAUCAGUCUAUCUUGCCACCUUACAUGAAAAUGACUUAUGGUUUUCUAACAUUAAGGAAGUGGAACGAGAAAUCUCGUUCAGAACAGAAUGUGGACUGUAUUACUCGUACUACAAGCAAAUGCUGCAGGCUCCGACCCUCAAGCAAGGUUUACAUGGAUUAAUAUAUGAUAAUAAGACCGAAUCUAUGAGGACAAUUAACCUCCUUGAAAGAAUGAAUAUAUAUCAAGAAGUUUUUCUCAGUAUUUUAUAUAGAGCUCUACCCAUACAGAAAUAUUUAGAGCCAGUUUAUUUUUAUAUUUAUACCUUAUUUGGGCUCCAGGCCAUCUAUGUCGCAGCUCUUUAUGUGACCAGCUGGCUGCUUAGUGGUACAUGGCUGUCGGGACUGCUGGCAGCUGUUUGGUAUGUCACAAACAGAAUAGAUACCACAAGAGUUGAGUUUACCAUUCCAUUGAGGGAGAACUGGGCACUGCCAUUCUUUGCAAUUCAGAUAGCAGCAAUUACUUAUUUCUUGAGACCAAAUUUACAGCCUCUUUCUGAAAGGCUGACACUUCUUGCCAUUUUCAUAUCAACUUUUCUUUUUAGCCUGACAUGGCAAUUUAAUCAAUUUAUGAUGUUGAUGCAAGCACUGGUGCUUUUUACCCUGGACUCCUUGGACUUGCUGCCAGCAGUGAAGGUGACAUGGCUGUAUGGUAUUCAGAUAACAAGUUUAUUCCUGGUCUGCAUUCUUCAGUUUUUUAAUUCUAUGAUUCUUGGAUCAUUGCUUAUAAGUUUUAAUCUCUCAGUAUUAAUUGCAAGAAAAUUGCAGAAAAAUCUGAAAACUGGAACCUUCUUUAGUAGGCUUGGGAAACUACUGUUGCAUUUAUUUGUGGUAUUAUGUUUGACACUUUUCCUCAACAACAUUAUUAAGAAAAAUCUUAACCUGAAGUCAGAUGAGCACAUAUUUAAAUUUCUGAAAGCAAAAUUUGGGUUUGGAGCAACAAGAGAUUUUGAUGCAAAUCUGUAUCUGUGUGAAGAAGCUUUUGGUCUCCUGCCUUUUAAUACAUUUGAAAGGCUUUCAGAGACUCUGUUAUUUUACGCUUAUGUUUUUGUGCUGUCCAUCACAGUGAUUGCAGCAAUAGCUGUUGCCUUCCAUAAUCUCAGUAAUUCAAUAAAUCAACAAUCCAUGAGUAAAAUGGGAAAAUGCACAAUUGAACUGAAACCAGAAACUGCCUACAACUUAAUGCAUACUAUUCUGUUUGGAUUCUUGGCAUUGAGUACAAUGAGAAUGAAAUACCUCUGGACAUCACAUAUGUGUGUGUUCGCAUCAUUUGGGUUAUGCAGUCCUGAAAUAUGGGAGUUACUUCUGAAGUUGAUCCGUCUUUAUAACCCCCAAAGAAUAUGUAUAAUGCGGUAUUCAGUACCAAUAUUAAUUUUGCUGUAUCUUUGCUGGAAGUUCUGGCCAGGAAUGAUGGAUGAGCUCUCCGAGUUAAGAGAAUUCUAUGAUCCAGACACAGUGGAGCUGAUGAACUGGAUUAACUUCAACACUCCAAGAAAGGCUGUGUUUGCCGGAAGCAUGCAGCUGCUGGCUGGAGUCAAGCUGUGUACAGGAAGAAUCCUAACGAACCACCCCCACUAUGAGGACAAAAGCCUUCGAGAGAGAACCAGAGCGGUUUAUCAGAUAUAUGCGAAGAGGUCUCCUGAGGAAGUGCACGCCCUCCUUAGGUCUUUUGGCACAGAUUACGUCAUCCUGGAAGACAGCAUCUGCUACGAACGAAGGCAUCGUCGGGGCUGCCGCCUGCGAGACCUGCUGGACAUCGCCAACGGACAUGUGAUGGAUGGCCCAGGAGAGAAUGAACCAGAUUUGAAACCUGCAGGUCACCCUCGGUUCUGUGAAGAGAUAAAGCGAAACCUCCCUGCUUACAUGGCCCACUUCACUAGAGUGUUUCAGAACAAGACAUUCCAUGUUUACAAGCUAGCCAGAAACAAGUAA